AUGGCGACGAUGACGACGACGACGACAGCGCCCUACAGACGGAGCAGUAGCGACCGUCCGAUCCUGAUGGUAGACGUGGACCACACACUGGCCGACUUGCUCACGGGCUUGACGGCGUGGCUGGAAGCAGAGCACGAGACGAACACCAAAGACGAAGCAGAAGAAGAGAAAGAGACGGUGUCGGAUAGUGGAACAAGGCGCUGGGACCGCAGCGACGUGGAGACCGAGAGGCGCUUGUUUUAUGGAUCCAAGCACUUUGAGAUGAAGCUGGACGCGGUAGAAGGAGCUGUGGAAGUGUUGAAGCCAUUGCGCAGUGUGUUCUCACUAGUGGCGAUCACAGAUCGACCGCGGUCUGUGGAGAAACAGACGCGCGAGUGGCUCGACCACCACUUUGCGGGUGUGUUUGACAAGCUCGUGUUUGUGGACGGGGACAGUCCAGGACACUUGGUGGCACGCAAAAAGGAGCUAUAUGACGAUCUCAAAGUGAAGGUCGCGGUAGGAUCGGAUCUUGCCGAGUUGACCGAAGCAGCAAAAGGUGUCGAUCGUGUGGUUGUCGUUGGCUCCGUGCCAUGGACAAAGGCGGCUACAGCGUCGCAAUCUGGUCUCGUUCAGGUUACAGACUGGUCAGCAGCAAGGGAUGUCUUUGACCAGCUAGUCAAAGAGUUUGAUCUCCAGCCUCUCAACAAGGUCUUUGCUGGACCUCGCCUUGCUCGAUACACAGAUGAUCUUGUCACAGUGUCGAUGCGGAAACCCGCAGUAUUCUACGCCAACAUCAUCAGCUCGAAGUUCACGGUGCAGAAGCAGGAGAUCGUUCGACUGCAGGCGUCCGAGGCGGCCAUCACGGCGGCAGUGCAGGUGGCAGAAAUUCUGCGCACCCAAAGCUGCGCCAUUCCGACGAAAAUCACGACGCGAUACGCGCUGAAUCGAUCCAAAGACCGUGGUGGCUACCGCGUGCCCAAGAUCGAGCUGGUGCUCCAGCGUGUUGUGCCCUCACCCUAG